AUUGGCUGCUUGAUUUCAACGUUCAAGGCAAAUCGCCGCGCAACUUCCAAGCCUGGCUGACGACGAUAAGGAGGCGAGCUCCAGAUCCGCUGCUCAUUUCAGGUACCUCUAAUAGCACUUAAUUUUUCCCUCCCUUUGUUGAACACGUCGACUUCCCCGACGUCACUCCUAGUGUAGCCACCCGCUCUCGGCCGAAUAGCUUCUACUCCCACGAUCCACCGCGCGGGGUUUCGGAUGCGCGGAAUCUGUCGCCCCUGACACCUGCACUUCGUUCUCUUAUGAUCCGAGUUGCCCAGUGCCGUUUGCGGUUUCGUUCUUCCCGCACCUCUCUGAUUCGCACAUCCACCGACCAACGCGGCGGCACUCUAUAGGUGCCCAACAUGGCUACCAUACGCAGCCUUGACCACACUAAGUCCGAGGCCGAGCUGGCCAUCAACAUCAAGAAAGCGACAAGCCCCGAUGAGACUGCCCCGAAGCGCAAACAUGUCCGCAGCUGUAUCGUCUACACUUGGGACCACAAGUCGUCGCAGUCUUUCUGGGCCGGCCUCAAGGUCCAACCCAUCCUGGCCGACGAGGUCCAGACAUUCAAGGCCCUGAUUACGGUCCACAAGGUUCUCCAAGAGGGUCACCCGGUAACUCUGAGAGAGGCAAUGGCAAACAGGGGGUGGAUCGACAGUCUGAACCGCGGAAUGGCCGGCGAGGGCAUGCGUGGCUACGGCCCCUUGAUCAGGGAAUACGUCCAUUACCUGCUCGCCAAGUUGUCGUUCCACAAGCAACAUCCCGAGUUCAACGGCACCUUCGAGUACGAGGAGUACAUUAGCCUCAAGGCGAUCAAUGACCCCAAUGAGGGUUACGAGACCAUCACGGAUCUGAUGACCCUGCAGGACAAGAUCGACCAGUUCCAGAAGCUGAUAUUCUCGCACUUCCGCAACGUCGGUAACAACGAGUGCAGAAUUUCUGCUCUUGUUCCUCUCGUCACCGAGAGCUACGGCAUCUACAAGUUCAUUACCAGCAUGCUCAGGGCAAUGCACUCAACUACGGGUGACAACGAGGCCUUGGAACCCCUCCGACAAAGAUAUGAUGCACAACACUACCGCCUCGUCAAGUUCUACUACGAGUGCUCCAAUCUCCGCUAUCUCACGAGCCUCAUCACCAUUCCAAAACUGCCGCAAGACCCGCCCAAUCUGCUCGCAGAAGACGACAAUGCGCCUGCGCUUCCUGCACGCCCAAAGAAGGAGAUUGAGAAGCAACCGACGCCCCCGCCACCACCGAAGAAUGAGGAGCCGGACGAGAUCAAUGAGUUCUGGAAAAACGAGCUGGAUAGGCAGAACCGGGAAUUCGAGGAGCAGCAGCGUGUGUUGGAGGCACAGCAACAAGCAGCGCUGCUCGCGCAGCAACAAGCCCAACUGCAGGCACAGCGCGAAUUUGAGGAGCAACAACGGCGGCUGUUGGAGCAGCAACAGCGGGAGCAGGAAGCGUUGAGGGCUCAACAAGCGCAAUGGCAGACACAAGGUCGGCUUGCCGAGCUCGAGCAAGAGAACCUUAAUGCGCGGGCACAGUAUGAGCGCGAUCAACUGAUGCUGCAGCAGUACGACCAACGUGUCAAGGCUUUGGAAGGAGAGCUGCAACAGAUUCAGAACAACUAUGGGCAGCAAAUUAGCAGUAAGGAUGACCAGAUCCGAGCACUGCAGGAGCAAGUCAACACGUGGAGAACCAAGUACGAGGCCUUGGCGAAGCUGUACUCCCAACUCCGCCACGAGCAUCUUGACCUGCUCCAGAAGUUCAAGUCGGUACAGCUCAAGGCUGCCUCCGCUCAGGAGGCGAUUGACCGACGAGAGAAGCUGGAGCGCGAGAUCAAGACGAAGAACCUAGAGCUCGCCGACAUGAUCCGGGAACGCGAUCGCGCCCUUCACGAGAAGGAUAGGCUGGCUGGCGCCAACAAGGACGAAGUGGAAAAGCUGAAGCGAGAGCUCCGGAUGGCCCUGGACCGCGCAGACAAUCUGGAGAGGAGCAAAGGCAACGAGCUCUCCACCAUGCUCUCUAAGUACAACCGCGAGAUGGCGGAUCUGGAGGAGGCGCUGCGCAACAAGUCGCGCGCUUUGGAGGAGGCCCAGGCCAAGCUGCGGGAGGGCAACUCUGAUCUGGAGGCCCUUCUUCGCGAGAAGGAGGAGGAGCUCGAGGUCUACAAAGCCGGCAUGGACCAGACGCUGCUCGAGCUCAACGAGCUGAAGAACAACCAGGGCACAUCAGACCAGGCUCUCGAUAGUCAACUGGAUGUCUUGAUCCUCGCCCAGAUGGAAAAGAUCAAUGAGAUCAUCGACUCGGUGCUCCAGUCAGGGGUACAGCGCGUCGACGACGCCAUGUACGAGCUUGACUCGACCAUGCAAGCUGGCAACCAGAACGCGUCACCUUCUUACGUCUUGUCGCAGAUCGAGAAGGCGGCCGCUAGCGCUACCGAGUUUGCGACCUCAUUCAACAACUUCAUCGCCGACGGGCCCAACGGCAGCCAUGCGGAGCUGAUCAAGAAUGUCAACGUGUUCUCCGGUGCUAUCGCGGACGUCUGCAGUAACGCGAAGGGUCUGACACGCCUGGCCACCGACGAGAGCAAGAGCGAUCUCCUGAUCAGCGGCGCCCGUCAGUCGGCCCACGCCACCGUCAUGUUCUUCCGUAGCUUGCUCAGCUUCCGCCUGGAGGGCAUGGAUCCGAUGCAAAAGACGGACGUUGUUAUCAACGGCAACCACGAAGUUCAAAUGAAUUUACAGAAGCUCAACAAGGUUGUUGAAGGCUUCGCGCCCGGCUUCGGCAAACUUGCCAGCAAGGGCGAUCUGGGCGAUAUCGUCGACCAAGAGCUCAGCAGGGCGGCCGAUGCCAUUCAGGCAGCGGUUGAACGCCUGAACAAGUUGAAGACCAAGCCCCGGGACGGUUAUACUACUUACGAACUCCGGGUCCACGAUUCGAUACUGGACGCCGCCAUGGCAAUCACCACGGCCAUCGCGCAGCUCAUCAAGGCGGCCACCGUUACGCAACAGGAGAUUGUUCAGGCAGGGCGGGGCUCCUCCUCGCGCACCGCCUUCUACAAGAAGAACAACCGGUGGACGGAAGGCCUCAUUUCGGCGGCCAAGGCAGUCGCGUCGUCGACCAACACGCUCAUCGAGACGGCCGAUGGCGUGCUCUCGAACCGCAACAGCCCGGAACAGCUGAUCGUGGCAUCCAACGAUGUAGCGGCGUCGACGGCCCAGCUAGUGGCGGCCAGCCGCGUCAAGGCCGGCUUCAUGAGCAAGAGCCAAGAGAACCUGGAGCAAGCCAGCAAGGCAGUCGGCGCAGCCUGCCGCGCCCUUGUCCGCCAGGUCCAGGAAAUGAUCAAGGACCGCCACGCGGGAGAGGAGAAGAUCGACUACUCCAAGCUGGGUGCGCACGAGUUCAAAGUGCGCGAAAUGGAGCAGCAGGUCGAAAUUCUGCAACUCGAGAACGCCCUGUCUGCUGCGCGCCAGCGGCUCGGGGAAAUGCGCAAGAUUUCGUAUCGCGAAGAGUAAAGAGCUGGGAUGUAGACGGAUUGUGGGAAGUUGAGCGUCGUCGUGGGUAUGGUUGGCGGCAGUCAUUCCCCCUUUUUUUUCGCCUUCGCCGUAUGUAGUUUGUGAGUAGUAAAUACCUUGGAAACUCUUCUUGGGCGCGCUGUCUGUGGAAUCGUCUUCGUGUAAUCAAAACUCAAUCCUCAAUGUCGAGACUGGGGUAUCUUGGCUUCUGCGAGCCUCAGGUGCGGCCGAGGUUGUC